ACGUUGCAACGUCACAUCUUCUAUAAUUGAGAGUCUAAAUAGUCAAAGAUGACGGCCGGGUGAUGGACGAGCUGCGGCUCGCCGGGAGCAAAUCACUGGCCGAACUGAUCACUACCCUCGCCGCCGACGGCAGUCGGGUGAGCUUCCUUAUCUAUUCCCUGAUCCUCGGCUGGGCCGCCGCCGUGGCUCGUGACAUGCGGGUGCCCUCUGCGUACCUUUCCGUUCAGUCUGCAACUUGUUUCGCUAUAUACCACAGGUUCUUCAACAGUAGCAACGGUCUCUGCCAUGGCGGUACCGCCGAUAUUGACCCAUCCAUUUCGAUAAAAUUAGCCGGAAUGCCUUUGAUAUCAUCCAACGACAUCCCGACGUUUCUCUUGCCGAACAGUCCACACAAUUAUGUGAUCAAGGCCAUCCAAGAACACAUAGAAACCCUAGAAGACGAUCCAAACCCUUGCGUGCUUGUCAACACGUUUGAUGCGUUGAAAGAAGACGCAAUUAGAGCCGUCGAUUCCAUGAACUUGAUCGCGAUCGGGCCGUUAGUUCCAGUUCUUUUCAGUGAUGAAGAAAGAGAGAUCUCAGAUUCGUCCAUGAGAAUUGAUCUCUUCGAGCAGUCCAGAGAGUACCUCGACUGGUUAAACUCAAAGCCAGAUUCCUCGGCGAUCUACGUCUCGUUCGGAAGCCUGGUGGCGUUACAGCAGAAGCAAACGGAAGAGAUUUUCCGAGCACUCGUGGCGAGUCACCGGCCGUUCCUGUGGGUGAUUAGAUCGUCGGAAUACGGAAGAGAAGUGAAGGACAUGAUCGAGCCAGAGUUGAGCGAAGAAACAGGCUUGAUAGUGCCGUGGUGCUCGCAGACGGAUGUGCUGCGCCACCGGUCCAUCCAGUGUUUUGUGACGCAUUGCGGGUGGAACUCGGCGGUGGAGAGCCUUGUAGCCGGCGUGCCGGUGGUGGCGUGUCCGCAGUUUUUGGACCAGACCACAAAUGCUAAGGCGGUGGAGGAGGUGUGGGGGACCGGCGUGAGAGCGGCGGCGAAUGGAGAAGGGGUGGUGGAGAGAGAAGAGAUGAAGCGGUGUUUGGAGGCGGUGAUGGGCAGCGGAGAGAGAGGGGAAGAGAUCAGAAGGAAUGCAUUGAAGUGGAAGCAGCUGGCCAUGGGAGCUGUCAAGAGCGGUGGUUCUUCACACUCCAACUUGAACCACUUCUUGUCCACGUUACCUUAAAUUUUACGCUGCUUUAGGGUAUAAGAUUUACGGUGCUAUGAUACAAUUAUAAUGUUAAAUUGAAGCUAACUGAGAUAGUGAUAGCCAAUUUUAGGACAUGAUCUGCUGAUCACGUUCGACGCUGUCUAACAAGGGAUGGGUCGCUGCUAACAAGGGAUGGAUGGGUGUGUGGGUGUCACCCCUUUAGCCUCUCGCUCAGCCUUCUCUCUCUCAAUUUGUCUGAUUUAUCUUUGUCAAACAAAUGUUAUCCUAUCCAACAUGAGUAAUAUAACAA